UCCCGCAGCGACACAAAACACAAAACACAAAACAUUACUUUGGUUACUUCACUUUUUUAGCGGACCUUACAACUUUUGAUUAUCUUCAGUUUUACGAUGGAACAAAGCUUUGCAGAUCUACUUAGUGGGGCAUUUUCAGAUGAUGUUGUUGCAGAAACAUCUGCUCCAUCAUUCUCUGAUGGAGAUUUGGAUUUUGAGAAUUUGAAUUUCACCGAGGAGGACAACUCAGACAUCUCUGCUGAAAACUUGCAAACAAAGGAAGACAACACUCUGCACCAGGAAGCGACUUCUCAAACUACAUUUUUGUUGAGUAUGGAAAGUGCAGAUGUAAACAUGACAGAAAAUGAUGACAAAGACCAGUCUGAUGAGGAGGAUUUUCAAGUCGAGGGGGUCAUGAGUUUGGAAAAAACACUUGCGGAGGAUUGCACAAGCUCAGAGGGAGAUUCUGAACGGGCAGGAUCCGUCUCUGAAGAGGAUGAAGAGAAUGAGGAAGAAGAUAUAGGAGAGCCAGGGGAUUUGAUGAUGUUAGUUUGCAGCAGUGGUAAUAAAGAGGACAGGAUCUUUGCUGAGGGACAACCUCUGGCCCCUCAGGGUGCCGAAAACACUCAAGAUAGAAACGAAGAGCAAGGUGACGAGGAGGUGUCCUAUUUCGAGAGAGUCCCUGAACGUGGCGGUGAGAUAGGGAUAAAAGGUGAUGAGAGUGAAGAUGAUGAGAGAGAGAUUGAGAAUGCAAAGCAAGUAGACACGUGUGACUCCAAGUGUGAGGGCAUGAAAUUCGAACAAGAAGAAGAACAAGUCCAGUUCUACAAACGGGAUGCUGAAAAUCCUGCAAGAGAUGACCAUGACAACGAGGAAGCCUGUCUUGAGUUUCCAGAAAUAACCGUGCAGAAUCAGCAGGCUCUCCUUGCUGAAGUUGAGAGUAAGGAGUGUUGGGAGAAAGUGGAGGAUUUCUCAGGGGAGGAGCACCAAGAGGCAGGUGAGACCUUUGCAGAUUAUCCCUCAGACUUGUCUUCAUGUGAAUACGUUGAGGAAAACCAAGGAAGUUAUCACCAACUAGACGGAAGCAGUUCAGUUGCAAACCAAGACGCCUUCCUGGAAAGAGCUCGGACAGAUAGCACCUGCAUGGGAAGAGGCGAGGACACUUACGAGGAGGGAGAGGAGCAUCUGUACAGCAGAAAUUUAGAGGAAGAUGAUGGGAAGUUCAUGUAUGUUGCAAGUGGAGAAAAAGAGAGAGGAGAAUUAGAAAUCCCCAAGAACAUGUUGGGCAUUGAUGAAGGUGAGACAGAUGAGAGUGAUUCCAGCAGCUCCAGUCUUGAUGAGUAUAAAGAAAAGUGGACGUAUGAGGAACAUGACAUAUAUACAGUAAAUGCAGGUCUACGAGAAAACAACAAGGAACAUGAGGAGACUCAGAUUCCCAGUGGAGACCGAACAGCGUUUGCCAGGUGGGACACAUCAAAUGACUACCACAGAGCAGAUCUCGACAUGAACUGGAAUCUAGAUGAGCUAAGACCUCGCACCCUUCAAUCUGAAGACCUGUUAACCACAGAGGACGCAGACAUAGCGGAAACAUUGCUCUCUGAUUUGACUGGUCCUCAAGACGUCAACAACUAUUUAGCAGUACAGAGAGAGGAGGCAAAAAACACAAGCUCUUCUAGUCAGGGAUCCCUGGACGAUGGCUUUUUCUUCACCACUGAUCUGAUUAAACCCUACGAGGUUAUCGAGCCGGGACAGCAAGUAGAUGAUGAAUAUGAAGAAGACAGGAACUGGGAUCAAGAGCAGGAGAGAAUCAAGGCUUUCUUCAAGUUUUAUGACGACAGUGACAGAGAGGAAGGAAGAGAAGGGAGGCAGAGCAAAGUCCAGUUUUGUACAAAUCCACUCUCUCAAGUCAUUCACUUUGAAACCGACAGUGAGAGAGAGUCACUCAGCAGCUCCACAGAAGGGGAGGAGGACCGGAGCUCUGGAGAAACAUCUGAGGAAUCACGGGAGCCUGAGAAUGACAACAUGGAAAUGAUACCUGGUUGUGAUCUCCCAAACACUGAGAUAACAGAGAAUGUGCCAGAUCUCAGAAACACACCAAAAUCUUCAAGGAAACACAAACGUCUAAACAUGCUGAAGAUGACUCUGAAGAUGGCUGUGGUGAUACUGACAGGACUGGUCAUGUUGUGGUUGGUCACAGACCAAGAAGCAAUGUUCAGCCCAUUGUCUUUCUUUUAGGGGCAAAUACAUAUACAUUUUAUAAAUACAUAUUCAAUCAUUAUAAUUUGUUUCAUUUCAUUCAUAAUGUCAAGCUCAUAUAUAAAUUCACGAAGACAAUAUUUUUUUCCCAGAUUGUUUUUUAAAGCAAUAAAGUAUGCUGUCAUGUUUUCUGAUCUAUAACGUUUGUGCUAAAUAAAGAUUUAACUGUGUCCACAAUGA